AUGGCCAACCCCCUCGACACCGACGCUGGCAGCGAACUCUUCUCCAACUACGAAGCCGAACUAAACCUGGUGCAAGCCGACCUGACCCAAAGACUCGACUCCAUCUCGGCCCUCACCGGCGAGCCACGCAAAGCCGCCAUCUCCCAAGCCGAGCGCGCACUAGAAGAAGCCAAAGAAUUGCUAGAUUCCAUGCGUCUAGAGAAACAAAACAUUCCCCAAGCGCAAAAGGUGAAAGUGAACCAGCGGUUUCGGAACUAUGAAACAGAUGUUGAUGCUGCGAAGCGGAAAUUAGCGGGAAUGAGGGAUGACAGGAGCGCACUAUUCGGGAAACGGUAUCGAGAUGAGCCGGGCAGUGGUGGAGCAGGCGGAGGGGACGAGCAGGUAGAGCAGCGGCAGCAAUUAUUGUCGGGCACAGACAGACUAGACAGGAGUUCCGGACGACUGCGAGAGAGCCAGAGGAUCGCGCUGGAGACGGAGGAUGUAGGCCGGAAUACCCUUGCCGAUUUGUCGAGGCAGCGGGAGACGAUUGAGCAUACCCGGGGUACGCUCUUGGAGAGUGAGGGGUAUACGGAUCGGAGUAAUAAGACUUUGAGGGGGAUGGCGAGGAGGAUGGCUACGAAUAAGAUUGUGACGAUUGCGAUUAUCACUGUGCUCGUGGUGUUGAUUGUGGCGGUUGUUGUGAGCAAGUUCAGAUAA